UAUUGAGCUUACAUUUGCCUCGCUAGCUAUAACAUCCACGAAUCUAUAUGCAACGUUAUCUAUUUAACAGUCUUUAGCUCUCCGCCCCGAGAAUACUCGACAUUCACCAACCGAUAUAAAUAACCAAUCAAAUAGCUUUUAUUUCUAUCACCAUACAGUUUAAAAUCGCUCGCACCAUCUUAUUAAUCCGUUACAAACGUCGUCCAAUUAACAAAGAGCUGUGAAAAGUGUUGAAUUGCGUCUCUGAAGUCUGUAUUUGAUUUGGUCCUUCGGGGCGUGGUAGGUCAAGAGAAACUGGUCCUUCUAGUAGGUAUGAGGGAAGUGUGAAGAAGCUAAGAGGUGUAUCCCCUCCGGUUCGGUCGCGGUGGGCGGGGCCACGGACACGGUCCGUCCGUUACAACCGCUCCACGCAUCGCGUUGAGCUUACGCGUGAAGCACAACCGAACGCACGCUUUUUGAAUUCGGAACUGCCGCUUUCCAUGUGUUUUCUUUUUUCGUGUGAAUUCGAAUUUGGAAUUAAAUUAGUUUUUUGUUCUGUGAAGUUUGAGUUGGUUAGAAACUUUUUUGUCAAGGACUCUUUUGUAGUGAACUUUUUAGACUGAAUAAUGGACUUGAAAUUGUUUUAAUUAGAUUUUUUUGAAACUGUUUGUUUUGGAGUGAGAGGAAUACUCCCGUGCCAGAAUGCCACACACAGGUCAGGCCGGCGUCAACCAAUUGGGAGGCGUCUUCGUAAAUGGCCGCCCGCUACCAGACGUCGUUCGGAAGAGAAUCGUGGAGCUGGCCAUCAUGGGAGUACGGCCCUGUGACAUCAGCAGACAGUUGCUGGUCUCACAUGGAUGCGUCUCCAAGAUCCUGACGAGGUUCUACGAGACUGGCUCUAUAAGGCCAGGGUCUAUUGGAGGCAGUAAGACUAAGCAAGUCGCAACGCCGACAGUUGUGAAGAAGAUACUCCGAUUAAAACAAGAGAACCCGGGUAUGUUCGCGUGGGAGAUCCGUGAGAGACUGCUCAGCGCGAGAGUGUGCGAGCCUCACUCCAUCCCUUCAGUGUCAAGCGUCAACAGGAUCUUGAGGAACAGCGGCCUGGCGUGGAGUGAUGAUGACACGAGGAGUGCUCAUGAAACGUACCCACAACCAGAUAUACCGCCAAACAUGAUGGAGUACAUGUCGAUGAAGACGUCACUGCCACCUACAGCCAUGCCAUCACAACAGAGCUCUCCCUACUUCGCCCAUUCCGCCGUAAGAGUGCCACCUCCACAACACACGGACCCGGCGCUAUACGACCGUAGACUGGCCACAUCAUGGCUCCUAGCGAACCAAGUACAAGCACAAGGCCUUUUGAAACCCUACCCAAUCAACCCAUGGCAAAGAAUAAUGCUACCCUACCACGACUCGAAAAACUUCUCCCCCUACGCUCUAAACCUACACAGCGAUCUUCUAAACCGGAUAAAUCCGGAUGAAGUGAAAUCGGAGAAUUCGGAACAUAUAUCUGUUGAAGCGAGCGAUGACAGCACGGAUCGACCUGAUGUGGAUGACGAUCAGAAGUCACAAGAGAAAGAGAAAAAGAAGAAUCCGUAUUCUAUAGAAGAGUUGUUGAAGAAACCGGAUAAAAUGGUCAAUGUUAAUCCGAUUGGGUUCCAGAACUUUCUACGGCAGCCAAGUGGUACUAUGAUUGAGAAUGGCCAGGACCUGAGCAAUAGGAGUUCGCCAGCUAGCUUCUGUUCUGUCCAGAGUGGCAUCUCCAAUGAUUGUUUCUCUGAAUCCGCUAGUUCCGAGAUUAAAGCGGGAAAUUGAGUCGUUUAUAGGUAUCUCAAGUACUUAGGGUUAUACAAUAUUUGCAUAUUUAUUCUUGUAAAAUUUUAUUAGAUCGUAUAUACUUACAUCAAUCAAUAAUUGAUAAUUAAAAGGUAAAAUAAUUGAAGUCAUUCUUUCAUGGUGAAAAAGUGAGGUGGAAAAGGUUCCAAUCGUAUAGUGGAUGUCGAAAUUUUAUUUAAACCAAUUCAUAGUUUAAUAAACUUUGGUAACUAACUAUUAUAUACAAAUAGUUAUAACAAUAUUUACUAGCCUUGCUUAGUUCUAUCUGGAAAUAAAAUAACAUUAAUAAAAAGAAACACUCAUCUUCAAAAUUUGUUUUGACACCACUACAACUAACGCCAUCUGUUAAUUGAAACUUGAAUUUAGAAGUGUUCGUGUAAAUAAUGAAAUAAAAAUAUUAAUGUAAAUAAGUAUUGCCAUACUAUUAAACGCAUAGGAAUUUAAUUUUGUGUCCAUACUAUGUAGAAAUAUUAGUUAUAGUAACAUAGAUUUUAAUGUCUGUACAAUUUAUUGUAAUAAUCCUAUUGUAAGUAUUAAAUUAUUUUGUUGGUAGUAGUACUAAGGUUUUAGUAAAAUAUAUACCUUUAUUUUAAUACGAGGUGGAUUGUCCUUAAGCUUAUAAAUGUUAUAUAUACAGCGUGUAACAAAAUACCCAUUACAUCAAGAAGCACUGAAGAAUACAGGUUGAAAAGAACCUCUACAAAAA